AUGGAAGUUUUAAGAUCAGAUUCUGGUGAAUUUCAUCUAAAAAAUAUCCAAGGAUGUUCACCAUUGCCGGGGGAAGAGGAAAUUCUUGAUGGUGAACUUGAUGAAGAUAAUUUUUCGAGUGUAAGUGGCGAUGGUGAACCCUCAUCACCUUCAACAUCUCAGAUUGAUAAUAAAAGUGAAAAAAAAGAGGAAUCACCAACAACUCAUUCUCCGCCAAUAACUACAAGUACCAGCACCAUUUCAUCAAUAAAUAAUCUCUCAAGUACAGAAGAUCGUCAACCAAAAACCGAUUAUUCUGGUCAUCGUGAUCGAAUUGUUAAAGAACUGAAAGAAUAUGAAGAACGUUGGUUAGCUCAUCGAAAUUUUUUAUUAUAUACUCAAUCGUUUCCGAUGAAACAAGAAGAUCGUGAACGUGUGUUUUCACAAUUAUUAAACAACAACAAUAACAAUCCAGAUGAACGAGAUCAGCAUCAUAUGUCAAAAGAGGAACGUGAUCGAUAUUUGUCGAGUCAAGCCGCAUUUUACUCACAUUAUCCACAUUCACCACAUUUAUAUAAUUUUCACAAUUUCAAUCCUUAUCUUGCCGAAAGGCUAUUACCACCAGCUACAAGUGCUGCUGGUGCUUCAUCAUUUUUAUCAGAAAACAAGGACAAUCGUUUUCAUUCGUGGCAAUUACCAAGACAUAGUCCAACUACAAAUCAAACAGGAACAAUAUCAACUGCUAGUAUCACAGCAACUACAGCAUCGGCAUCGACCACAUCUGCAAUACAUCAACCACCGACAACAACAACCACAGAACAGUCGUCAAGUAGAUCACCAAGCAGUUCAGAUUCUGGAAAUCAAAGUAAUUCGGGAAGUACUACUGAAUGGACAUAUGAAGAACAAUUUAAACAGUUGUAUGAAUUAUCCGAUGAACCCAAACGAAAAGAAUUUUUGGAUGAUUUGUUUUCUUUCAUGCAAAAACGAGGUACACCUGUGAAUCGUAUCCCUAUAAUGGCUAAACAUGUGCUUGAUUUAUACGAUUUAUUUCGUCUAGUGGUAUCUAAAGGUGGUCUGGUGGAAGUUAUUAACAAGAAAUUAUGGCGUGAAGUGACGAAAGGUUUAAAUUUGCCUAGUUCGAUAACAAGCGCCGCUUUUACAUUACGUACACAAUAUAUGAAAUAUUUAUAUCCAUAUGAAUGUGAAAAAUUACAAUUAAGUUCACCAGGAGAACUUCAAGCGGCUAUUGAAGGUAAUCGACGUGAAGGACGACGACCCAGUUAUGCAUUUGAAUAUUCUUCUCCACCAAAUAUUAUGCCACCUCCUCCGCCACCACAAGCAUCAUUUUUAAACAGUCCACUAUUAAAUAGAACAUUGGAAAAUAGUCAUGGACAUGAUGCUUUACAACAUCAUGUGGCAUUUGCAGCAGCACAUCCAUUUUUUAUUUCACGUGAUAAUGGUAUGAACAAUGAAGCACGAGCAUUCGAAGAAGUAACAAAAGCGUUUGAACGUGCAAAACGUAGUUUAUCACCAUCACCAACAAAAAGAGAAGAAAAUUGUAGUCCAGUAAAAAAAGUUUCAACAGGUGAAAAAAUUAUAUCGACAACAUCAAAUAAUAGUGGUCUAUCGGCCUUCACAAAAUUAAAAAUAAUUGCAAAAGACAAUUCUGAUCAACAAGAAAAAUCGAUAACAAUUUCAGUUGAAGUAAAUGGUAUAUCAUACCAGGGAACAUUAUAUGCAAAUUCAAUUUAA